AUGGCACAUUUCCUUCAGACACAGUAUGGAGACCCCGUUAUAUACGUAACAGGAAAUGGUGUAUCAGAGAAGAUGAUGUGCACAGAACUGUGUGAUGACUGGAGAAUGCAGUACUUGAGGGAUUACAUCAAUGAAAUGCUCAAAGCGGUUAAAGAUGGAGUGAAUGUGAAAGGCUACACAGCUUGGUCAUUGCUUGACAAGUUUGAGUGGGAUGAGGGCUACUCUGAAAGAUUUGGCCUGUACUACGUGGACUUUGGCAGCAAAAAUAAACCACGCUACCCCAAAGCAUCAGUUCAGUACUACAAGCGCAUCAUCAGCUCGAAUGGUUUCCCUGAUCAGAGAGAGAUCGAAAGCUGGAAAAGAAAGGCACUGGAAACAUGCACCUCAAGCAACCAGCUCCUUGCGGCAGAUCCACUGAUCAGCCACAUGGAGAUGGUCACAGAGAUUGUCGUCCCCACUGUGUGCACUCUCUGCAUUCUCCUCAGUGCAGUUUUUCUCAUGUUCCUGCUUAGAACACGAAUAUAAAACAGACUGCUUCACAUUUACACAACUAUAUUUUUUCACAUUGCAUGUGUCUGUACCUUCUCUUUUUUAUUGAUUAUUAUUAAUAACGAUGACAUGCCGAGACUUGUUUACAUGUAAAUUCAAAUAAAAUGGUCCACAAAUGUACAUCUGUGUUCAUGAAUUGUUGGACCAUCCAAACAACUCUCAACAAAUUACUCAGAGGAUAAGUUGAGGUUUGGGUGUUUGAUUAUGAGGUGAGAAAAGUUAGAUGGAAGUUUCUGAAACUUUUUGAAAGCAGUUAUGUAACCCUAUUAAACAAUGGUGUUUGUAUAUGUGGCAAACAAACAGACAAUAAAAUAAAUACCAUAAUAACUGUGUUUGUGAAACCUUUUAAAAUACUGAAAUUCA